AUGCGGACGCCGGUGGCGAUGACGCUGGGCAUGGUGCUGGCGCCCUGCGCGCUGCUGCUCAACCUGACCAGCACGCUGGCACCCGGCUGGAGGCUGGUGAAGGGCUUCCUCGACCAGCCGGUGGACGUGGUGCUGUACCAGGGCCUGUGGGACAUGUGUCGCGAGCAGAGCAGCCGUGAGCGCGAGUGCGGCCAGCCCGACGAGUGGGGCUACUACACCGCCCAGCCGGUGCUCGUGGCGCGGGGCCUUAUGGUCACCUCGCUGGCCACCACGGCCCUGGGGCUGCUGCUGGCGACUCUGGGCGUGCGCUGCUGGAGGGACGAGCCCCAGUUCGCUCUGGCCGGCCUGGCCGGCAUCGUGCUCUUCGCCGCCGGCCUCUUCAGCCUCAUCCCGGUGUCCUGGUACAACCACUUCUUGCAGGAUCGCGACGUCCUGCCCGCCCCGGCCAGCCCGGUCACGGUGCAGGUCGGCUACAGCCUGGUGCUGGGCUACCUGGGCAGCUGCCUGCUGCUGCUCGGCGGCUUCUCGCUGGCGCUCAGCUUCGCGCCCUGGUGCAAGGAGCGCUGUCACCGUCGCCGCAAGGCGCCCCCGCCGGCCGGCCUGCGCCGCAGCAGCAUCAGCACCGUCCAUGUGGACUGGCCCGAGCCCCCGCUCGCGCCCGCCAUCAAGUACUACAGCGACGGCCAGCACCGGCCGCGGCCCGCGAAGCCCGGAGCCGCGCCCAAGCCCAAGGUGGGCUUUCCCAUGCCGCGGCCCGCACUCAAGACCUACACCAACCAGGUGGACGUGCUGGACGGGGAGCAGGGGCAGCCGGCCCAUGUCCAGCCCGCCGCCUCUCUGCCCUGCGACUCUGACCUGUAGACGGUGCCUCCCGGGUCCUGCGCGUCGGGAGUGCUGGGCGACAGAGGCCUUGCCCCGGGCAGACGCGGCCUGGCUUGUUGCUGGAACCCUGGAGGCACCUUGCGGUGACUAGUUUGGAGGACGAUCCUUCUCUCUUGUGGCCAGACUAGACUCCUUGGGCAGUCGGUUCAGGUUGGGCUCGAUUUUCUUCUUAAUAGAGUUUAGUUUUCCUCUCCAGAGGGAUUAGGGUCCUCUUUCGGAGUGAUAAGCUUUUCACAUUUCCUGCUGAAGAUUUACAAAGGGUGCCACUUGCAUCGUGUUCACCAGAAACAGUAACAACAAAAAGUUGAAAUCAGCAAGCAGAGGCACAAAAACAAUUUAACACUUCAAAACAACAGCAUUCUAAAAUACUGAAGGAUCUGGCAUCAAUAUAACUACUGUGUUUUUUUGCUGCUGUUUUAACUCGGUGUCAGGCAAAUUCUCAAGAGACGGGUAUAUUUUUUGCUGUGUUUGAAUGAGACUCUUAAAAGAAACUUAGCGCCAGGCAAUAGGGGCUUUUAUGGAAUGAAAUAACGUGAUUAACUCAUGUCUACGUUUCUUUGUGCAUAAAUAAGAUUUAUCUUUUUUCACUCACUUAUUUUUGGUGUGAAAAAUUGAUGUCACUCCAAGAGUUUCUUUUGCAGAAGCCAGAAGAAUGAAAGACUUAACGUUGUGAUUCCAUUUCUCAGAUACCUCAUCGCGGAGACAGAGGACUGUAUGUAAUAUUUUGUACAAAAUGGAACCUGGUAAUCACAUUAGGUUAAAGUACAUAUGUAUAUAUCUUUUAUUUAUAAUUAAAAUUGUAAAACAACAGUUUCCAUAUACCCACAAAAGCUUUUCUGUCUUCAGUGCAACCUUUCGGAGUUGGAGCUUUCAUUACUAUUUCCUAGCUACCGAGGCAGUUUCUGAAAUCUAGCACUCACAUCUUUGCACUUCUUAGCAUAAGAUUACCAAAAGGCUCCACUUAAAUCUGAUUGCAUUGUUUUCAGGUUCAUGCUGUUUUCUAUGCAAAGCCAAGUCUAUUGUUGAGGAAAAAAACUAGAAGCACCAGUUUCCACUUGAUGUGAGAAGGGAAAUCUUUUUCUUUUGUAGCAGUGGUGCUUAAAAUCACAGGAAGACAGCUUUGUGUUCCAGGGGAAGACUGAAUCUCCAACCGGGCUGGAUUUAAGGGUGGUUGAUGUAACGGUGCCUUUAAAUAAACGGAAUCUCAUCUUUAAAACCU